CCUUGCAAAUACCUUCAUUAGCAUGAUAAUAAGGGUUCAAGGCUUAAGUCGUCAUAAGUAAACAAAUAGAAACAUAAACCUGAACACCAGAUGGUUCACACCCAAAACAAACCACAACAAGGAACUAACAUCAAAUAGUGUCGAGAGAUUCUGCAACUAUUUUGUCCACAUGAAACUGCAAACUCAUGGAAAGGAUUUACAGUUUGUUUCAGGUUUCAACAUUGAAAUUUUCACUCUUCGUUGCAAUAAUGUGGAUAAAAGAUGGAGAGCUCAGUCCCUGUUCUUUUCUUCUAUUUUUUCCUCUCUCGUCCUCUCUGAUUUACAAGUGGAAAGAACCAAUUCCUGAGCUGAUUGGUAUCAUUCUUCUUUGUUCUGAAGUUAAAUUUUUCUUGAAAGAAUACCUCAUUAUCCCCACUCUUGUCCAAGUUUACACCAUCCAUGAUAUUUGCAAGUGUUUCUUAUCCUUUACAACAAUUUUUUUAAAUAGAGGUUAUAGAAGGUCAUUACCAAGUGUUCCUCAUUAUUUAAGGGUAUCAGAUGGGCUGUUUAGAUAUAGACACAACCUUUUGAAUUAUUAGCAUAAAGCAACAGCCCCCAGAUACCACAUGCCACCAUAGCAACACAACAUUAGGUAAUGGACUUUUUAACUCUUUCCUCCCUUUCAGAUACCAUUGUAUUGGCAAUGACCUCUUAACUCACUCCUCGCUUUCAGAUACCACAUGCCAACACAGCAGCACUUAUGCCAUUGUGCUGCAAUGUAUCAGAUGAUCAUUGUUUUUCAUGACUUG